UUUCUUUUAAACUAAACUAAUUUUUUUUAAUUAUUUUUAUAGAUAGCCAUAGUACAACCACUUUUUCUUCUAUCGAUUAUGCAGUGCAUUAUACUUUCAUAAAUCACAUCCUAAAUAAUAAAUAUUUCAUUACUUUGAAUCUAAAGAAUCUGUCAAAUAACACUUUGACGAACGUAAUCGUUCAAAUUUCAAUAGAAAAUAUUAAUUAUAAUCAAAAUUAUUCAAUAAAAUGAAAAUGAGUGCCAUAUUAACUUCUUCUCUAUUUGAAAAUUAUUAUACCUUGACAUUAGAAUUUUCUUCUAAGAAUGUUUGAAGGAACGUUUGUCCUUAAGGGAAAAUACAAUGAUGGGACACCUUGUGCGCGCGUGCGUGUAUGUACAUAUGUCUAUGUAUAUCAUGAAAAUUUGCUAAAUACUGUAAUACUGACAUAAAUCAUUUCCGAGCGAACAAUUUGCGCAUCGAUAAGAACCUCGUUCGUAUGUAUCCGUAAUGACGCAAUAUCAUGCCUUUUCUCGCGUGACGUAAUCUCGACGUAAUGCUUUGAACGAAAAGAUCAAAUUUGUUUUCAGUGAGACAGAAAUAACAAAUUCUUGCUGUUAUUGUGUAGAAUCAUAAGAGGAAACCCGCAUUUCGGCGAGAAGCAAGCAAAAGGGUGAUGGCACUGAAAUGACGCAAUUUGCUCCCUAACGCCAGAUAAUCGUCCAGGUUUGAGGGUGGGUCCAGUGCCAUUGUCAUCAUAAUGAAUCGAGAAAACGAGGAACAGCGACCGGUCCCUCAGACGCUGUGCGGCGCGCUGCAAAAGGAACCGAACUGCAAAUGCCUGGUGCUGACGGUCCUUAUAUACGGCUGUCUCGCGGCAGUAACAUGGUGCAGAUGUGCCAAUGUUACCAAGAUUAUGGUCAACUAUACCAAGUACCCCAUCAGAAGUACAAGGCACGUAUCAUCGCCCUGUGACGACGGCUAUAUAUAUAUUCCGGUAGCAUUCAUGGGGAUGCUGUAUCUGGUUUAUCUGGUAGAAUGCUACCAUUCGCCAAUCAGGAUCGAUCUACUGCACGCGGAGAGCCAGGACAGCGUGCUGUCCAAAUUGGCGCAGUUAAAGAUGGCACAGCCGCGGAUAUGGUGGAAGGCAGUUUCCUACCACUACGUGCGCAGGAAACGGCAGAUCACACGUUAUAGGAACGGAGAUAAUUAUACUACCACGCAGGUCUAUUAUGAGAGGGUGAACACACACUCGGCCACCACCCACUACUAUUACGACUAUUGCGGAGUGAAGGACAUCAGCAAGGAAUUGAUACUUGAGGCCAAGAUACCGAUCACGAAGAUCACGCUUACCAAGGGCUUCGCGUUUUCAAAUAUAAGGUCCGCUACGGAAUUCGAGGAGGCACGAUCACGAUUUUUCGCUGAACAAGAACUCAGUGACGAUUAUAUGGAGAUGAGAGAAGGUCUUGACCUCGGAUACAAUGUCAAUACGAUGCUGGUUGCCGUUCUUGGUAAUCCAUGGUUCACAAAUCGCUACGUGUACUGGUGUCUAAGCGCCCUACUUCUUAGUUGGCCGUUACGAGUAAUUAUCGAGUACAAAACUCAAUACGCCGAUUAUCAGGUUACCAAACUGUUUGGCGUAAAUUACGAUACACCGACUUCUGGCGAACCCAUCCACGCAUCCAUAAGCCAGUUAAGUCAACCAGGCUCCUACAUGCUAGCGCCCAGUUAUAGUGAGGCAUUACUGAUGGAACCAGUAACACCUCGCAAUGAAGGGUUAGAACAAAGACAGGAACCUUGGCAAGUCCGAGGAGAAACAAACAUUGCGACUGACAUGGUGCCCAGCUAUUCCGAAGCGCUUCUCUAUGAACGUGCCGAACAGUACGAUCAUCAGAAUGCUAUUGUGAAUAACGCCGCUGCUGGAUGCGCGAGCAACGUAGUGAUACCUUGCAACGUGGACGAUCCAAGGCGAAUGCUACCGCCGAUGCCAUGCGAAUGCCAUUGCCCUUGUCCAUGUCACGGAAAUACGAACGAAUAUAACGAUAUGAGGAUGGACGAACGCAGCUACAUCGAGAUUGCGACUAGUAGAGAACGCUUGCCAACGAACACCAAUGUCAACGAUACUUUCGAGAGUGAAUUAGCGACGCUACGGACGACAGCUGACGGUCGAUUGCAUCCUCCUAUAAAGGUACCACCUCAUUCUGUGGACGAUCUUCAGGCCGAUGUAUCUCCGAGCAGAUGCAGCAGUUGCGGCAGAAUUUCUGCCAGUACGCAAACGAUCAACACCGAUGCCCUUCCUCGCGCUGUCGCUAGGAACAAGUCUAAUGAAGGCUCACAGACUUCGUCAGCGGAUUUCAUUUCCGACAUGACAUCCAAAAGAGAACAUCGGGCUAUUCCACGCGACAUUUCUGAACCUAACUUGAGAUCGCAAUCAGAACUGACAGGUACAUUUCCGAAGGAUAAUGUUAGAAGUCUGGAGAACAUAUUGGAAAACGAAGAGGACCUACCAAGAACUGGUAAAACUGGCUUUGUCCACGUAGAGGCAAAUCUUCAGUACGAAAGGCCACAUCCCCCCGAACGACAGAGAAGAUUUCCGACUUCCCUUCCGCCCUCUUUAACUCAUCAUCGUUCCCUCUCCCUCGAUGAGGAAACCGUUUCCCCGAGGAAUAUGGGUGCUAUUCCGAAAACAGAGCGUAGUAGAAUCAUGGUGAAUCCUAUGUCAAACGAGGCCUGUUGGAAACUACCCAAUUCAAAGACGUACUUUUGCUUAAAAUCGAUUCUAAAGCAAAACAGGCGCAGAUACACGUUGGUAACUGCGGAUGAAUUUCAAAAUUUUGCCGAACAAGAUGUUAGUCGUGCUGUGAGAUAUCCCGAUAGUUCCAACAGAAGCGAGAAAAGUGAUUGCAAUAUUCAAACCGAUAAAAUGACCGAACGUUCACGCUCAAGAGAAAGAUUGAAUCCCAGAAGGAGAAUGCCGUCCUUUGAAGAAUUUGUUUCAAGAGACAAAGUGUAUAUCAAUGAUGGCAAUGUAUAUCAAAAACGAGAAAGCACUAGAACACUUAUUUUCGCCAGUCCGAUACAAGAAGUCUUUCCUGGCGAUCCUUUCGGUGGAAAGGAUAUUGUGCCAGUGAGAAAUUUAAGGGAUUAUAGCGCCAGAGAGAGUGAUCCCACCCUUGUAAACGAUCCGGCGAUGCUCGCUCGGCCAAGUCGAUCUCUACCCGUACGAGAUGCAAGACCAUGCCUUCCAACCGAUUAUACCAGAAGUCCAUUCCGGCCAGACAGUACUGCGUAUCCGUUACCGCACGUCACGCAUCCUUCACAUUGGCAUGAAAGAGAACUUCAGUAUCUUCUACACAGCAAACAUCCACGCGAGCCAACGAACGCUUCCGCUAGAGCGGAGGAGACGCCACGAGCGUAUCGAAAUGACAUGUCGUUUCCUUCCUACGACGGGUUGCACUCCGAACGCGCGAACAGAUGGUCAACGAGCUCGAAUGAGUACGACGAUAGACCUCGUGAGAGUCAUCUUGCUAACCCAAGGUACUUAGCGAACAGAAGACGCCAAGCUGGUUUGACCCGAUCGCUUACAGAGAGGCGUACUCCAAGAGUCACUCGUGUCGAUAGAAAUUUCCGGAGGAGCUUCACAGGCAGAGUAGAAGAUUAUAGAAUGGAAAAUGCCAGACGGACAAAUUUCAGCAUCGAGACGUCGCUGUAACGAGCACGUUAAUACUUGGGGUACCAAUUGCAUCGAUCUCGAUUAAACAUGAUCGCGGUUAAUUUUUCUGCUGUAGAAGGCUUUUCUAAAUUGCUAUAAAAAAAAAUAGUUGUCAGAUGUUCGAUUGCGAUAUUUAAAUACGCGAUGCUUCAAGGAAAAAAUAUUUCUUCAUCUUAUUAUUCAAAGUUUGCAGAAGUAGCUAUGUAUUUGAAAACUAUUUAUAUCUAGACAAUUUUAUGAAACAAAAACAUUCCUUUAUAUAAAUAACAUCGUUGCAUAGAUUUUACAAUGUACUUUCAAGAACAUCUUGAUAAAUAAAUAAUUGAAAAAGGAACAGCAGAUUAUUAACUCGGAGAUCAGUUAAUCUAGAUCGUUGAUGCAACUCACUCCUAAAUAAGAUUACUAAUUUUUUCUUUCCCUAUCUACAAUAUAUUAUAAAUGAGACUAUAAUCUAAUUAGGACAGGGAGUCACUGGGGAUUUAGUUGACCCGAACUAUCGCCAUGACUCAGCCUUAAAUUGCUAGUCCUUUGUUUCACGCUACUUGUAUCGUAAGUAUCCGUCCUACUACUUUACGAAUUAAUCAGAUACGCAAACGGGUUAUGCAAUUUUUUCAAAGGACAUUCCAAAUGCGGGCUAUUGCCCUUAGCGCCUUCGCUUAAAGGCACUCUCGAAAGAGGACCACGAUGUUACGCACAUUUUAAAAAUUGGACAAUCGGCUAUCGAAAAAGCUCGAAAGAAAGAUCGAGCGUACACGUGCAUUCAACAUUAAAUACGAACUAUCAUUAUUUAAGAAUCUUAAAGAGAUGUUAAAGUUGUAAAUUUUAUUGCAUGAACAAUGACUUACAUGUGUACAAUUUAUCAUAUGUAUAUACCAUAUGUAUGAUUUACGAAACAUCAAUACAUUAAUAUACUCUAUUCGGCAAGAGAAAGUUAUCGAGUCGGACAAAAACUCGUCUGUUUCGCACAUAUAUACUCCGCUUACAGGGAAGUCCCCUUCUCAUACAGGCUUGUGCAGAUUCAUAAUGCUAGGGAGUUUAAGCAGGUAGCAUCAGAACAUAUUGUUGCAAUUAUUGAUAAUAUUGUUGCAUAAUAUCAUUGAACGGUUUGGUAGAAUAUUUUUGAGAGAAAUAUGUAACUUAAAUAUAUUACGAUUUCAAUUUAAUAUCAUAUUGAAAUGCAAAGAUUAUUUUACCUGCUCAAUUUUCUAAGCUCAAGUUCAAACGUGAUGUAUUUACGCAUACAGGUAUCACGCUAACGCUCUCCUCACUAUGCUGCCUAUACGCACAGACUGAUAACUUUCUCUCGCCAAACAGAAUACGUUAUAUAAAGUGUCCAACAUCAUUCGUACACCCCAUUUAAAAACGAGGGAAGUGAUUAUUUUGAAAAAUAUUUUCAAAAUAAUUCUAUACGAAAGUUUUACAAAAAAUCUGUAUGUAUGCGUACAAUUGAUGUACUAGUAUAGUAACGUACUGAUAUUUUGUAAACCGUAUGUAUGCAUUGUAAAUUGUAUAUGUGUAAGUCGUUGUUUAGUCGAUAAAAUUUACGCCUUCAGCAUCUUUUUAAGUGUAAUAAGUUUAAUCCUAAGAAUUCGACGAUGUUUCUUCGUGCAAUCUACAUGUCUAUGAGACUCUAAUUUCGUAAAUAUAGAUUGCAGAACUUUUAUAUUAAGCAAAUAUCUGUUCGCACUUAUCGUACGCAGUAUCUUCAUUGUCUCCUCUCUCUCUUACGCUCGAAUAUUUAUUUCGUUUCAAAUGCAAAAAUUUUUGCAGAUUAAGAACAAUGCAAAGAAAUCAUAACUUGACAACCUUAGACGACAUAUUAGUCUAAAAAUUAAUCUAAAUUAAUAGUUUUUUUGUUCUCGCCAUAAAAUUCGUACAUCAUUCUACAAAUGUCGAAAAACAAGAAUUACUUUAAAUCUCAAUAAUUGGCAUCAAAAUGAAAUGAUCAUAUCGACAUCGAACAACGAGGUCGAUUCCAUAUUUCAUUAGAUAGAACAAAAUUUUGCUUUUAAAGCAAAUUGCUUUAAAAUUAUAUCAAUCACCAUAUUCGUCAAUUUCUAUCAUGUAAUAAAAGAUUGCAAAUUUCAAGAUUUUGAAUAUGUUAAAUAUUUCCUUAUUCAAAACUGAUCACUCGCGAGAAAUGAGCUAUAUCGAAUCGACAUUGAACUGAUAUCAGUUUGAUAAUUUCGACGUCGAAUUGAUAGGACGUCUUUGAGUAUUUAGUUAGUAGUAAAAACUGACUAAAUUCAUUUUAUGUACAGUUUGCCUUUAUUAAAAUCGUUUUUGUGUUAAUUAUUCUUAUAAUUGAGAGUACAGGAGAGGAAAGAGAAUAUUAAUUUCUCUUAAACUAAUUCAAUAUUAACGCGAUAUUAUUUGUAUGAACACUAGUUUAUUAACUACUACAGAGUUCUAUUAAUUAUUCUAUAGGUAGAAAUUCAUCAAGUAUACAUAAUGAACGUAAAUUACAAUUCCCUGAAGAGGGAAAAAGGCAUGCGUUCAUGAGACUGGAGGAAGAUCGUGGCACGUAACAACUAAUAGGCAUUUUUAAUUAUAAAAAUAUUACAAAUUAGCCUUCUUAGUUCUUACACAUUAAUUAAUACUAUAAAACAAGGUUUUAUGAACAUUUUAUAAACAUUUUAUUUAUAAAAAAGAACAGUAUUUUAAUAAUUUUUAUUGGUUCAAAAAAUAAUUUUAAAAAAUAAUUUCUUUGCUACGCUAAUAAGCAUUGCGCAACAUCUAUUAUGAGGUUAUAAAGUCUCAAGUGUGAUCAUAACACUCGUAAUGCAAAUUGCUCACGACCCUCUCCUGUACAUAAUAUAACUUAUAUGCUGAAUCCAUACACAUUACGUUACAUCACACAUAUUCAAUUACAUUAUUUGAAACCACAUUCAAGAUUUUCAAGCUAGACCAAAUUUAAAAAAUUAUAAUAUGUAACAAAUUUCUCAAUAUUAUAUAUGUAAAUGUACGUCAAGAACAUAUACCUGUACAAAUUUUUGCUACUUAUAAAAUCAAAAUUCAGCUUUUAUAAAAACGUAGUGAAUACUAAUGACUAGUAAUUAUUCUACAAGUCUAAAUAGGCUAUAACGAAGUAAUUUUAAGAAUUGUUUUUACAAUCCAACGCGUUAAAUUCUAAUAAUUCAAUUAUAUAAGAUAUCAUGGUAGUUCACCAUUCCACAUCUAUGUUACGAUCCCCUCUUCUCUCUUCUAAUUAUAGUUAAAAAAUAGUUUAAAAUCCACUAACAAAUAAUCCAUUAAUUUUUUGUAUAGUAAAUUUAACGAUUAAACUUAUAGUUCUUUUCCCCUUAAUCACAAAGAUCUAUUAUCUUUAAUAUUCAUAAAGAAUAAAUUCUAAAAACUAAAAAUUCUGAUAAUAUACUUAAUUUUUAAUAAAAAAAAACAAUUUUUAUUUAAUAAAUGAUAUGUUAAUGAAUUUCGUUAAAAUUAAGACUAUAAAUUUUGGAAUAAUAUAUAUAUAUAUAUAUAUAUACGUUUAUUAUUUUGCUUAGAAUUAUACAAUGUGUGCAUUCUUACAACUAACUUAAAUCUACUUGGAUAACUAAACUUAUCCAAAAAUUUUUUUUUAAACUUAACUAAUUCAUUUAUCUCUAUAUAGAAUAUACCAAUCGCUUCUUUUCUCUAUAUGCAUUAGAAAUUCCGUUUUUAUUUCUGUUUCCAUCUCUUUUCCCAUUUCCUCUCUCUUUUCUCCUCU